UACAUCCCUAGCGACCAUGCCACCUCACAAUUCGCGCCUUUUGAUCUCGCGAGCCGCAAUACCUUCAUCCCACAGCCGUCACAAGAUUCAGCCUUGACUUCCUUCGCCCAGCUGGGUGCCACCCGCCUAGGGACCCAACGGGCCUUAAUAUCUCUCUUCGAUCGUACCCACCAGCAUGUAAUAGCAGAAGCUACUCCGACCUUGAGUCUAAAUGGUGGUAUCCCUGAAAAUGACCGCGAGCGGCUACGAUUGGGAAGCUGCGUGCUCCCGAAAGAGAGCGGCCUUUGCCACCAUGUCGAGCGCUUGCCAUCGUCGUAUUUUCUGGAGAACAGCGAAGUAUUCGACGGUAGCGCCUUAGUUAUUUUGGACGUGAAUAACGAUGAGCGUUUCAAAGCCGGCAGGUUGCAUUAUGCACUAUCUGACGUGCGCUUUUAUGCUGCUGUGCCUAUCGUCAGCCCGCGAGGUGUUACUAUCGGCGCGUAUUGCAUAAUGGACAGUGAGAUGAGGAUGUCGGGUCUCCCAAAGAAUUCCCUUCAUUUUAUGAAGGACAUGGCUGCAACCGUUAUGAAGCAUCUGGUGAUGGGCGAGUGUGUACGCAAGAGUUCCCUGGCAGAACGAAUGAUGCUGGGCUUGGGGAGCUUUGUCGAUGGAAAGUCCACUCUACGUGAUUCAUGGCGGGAGGCCAAUAGACAGCAUGCUGCAUCGGGACACACCGGAGAGCAGAAAGAGGGCCAGUUGAAUAUCCAACAACAAGAUAUACAAGAAUCUGCCAGACAAAACGAUGAGAACACUCUGGUUCUUAGGGAAUUGCCAAAGAGAGACGGCGAGGCUUCAAGGCAACCAUUCGACAACAGCAAUUUCGUCACGGAUCGCAGCCAAGAAGCUCAGAAGGAUUCAACACAAUUGAAUACAUCUAUCCGAAUUAUGCCUGCAGAUGAGGAUUUGCAAGAAAAUUCCCUUUCCACGAACAUCGAAAUUGUCUUCUCACGAGCGGCGAACCUGAUCAGGGAGUCAAUUGGUGCGGAGGGAGUUAUGUUUCUUGAUGCGGAUAGCGCCCGCUUUGGUAGCCUCGUUGAUGGAAUGAGCAGCAGAGUGUCUGACCCGGGCGCAAAAGAUUUAAGUAGUGACGAAAGUACUAACUCAGGAACUUCACCCAGCGGCAAAAGUGAGGAGCCUGACAAUACUUCCCUAUGUGCAUGUUUGGGAUUUUCGAGCUCGCGGGGAUCGAGUAUCAACAAUGACUCGGUAGCUGGCCGAGAAAUCCUGAUGCAAGAGCCAUUGUUAAAAGCAAUACUUCAGCGAUACCCUCAUGGCAAGAUUUUCUCUUACAACGCCGAACGAUUACUCUCAGACUACAGCGACGGCUCCGCACAGAAAUCGACAAACUCCCAACUCGGAGGCAUUACCGAAGAUUUUAAUCAUAACGACCGGCAACACUCAUCAAGCCAAAAAAAAACCCUUCAACGUGAUGCCGAACACCUGAUCAGAAUUUUCCCUGAUGCUAGGAACAUCCUCAUAUUACCUGUCUGGGACUCGGACAAACGCAGAAUUACUGCCGGAACGCUGGUCUGGACAAAUGACCCUCGGCGUAUCUUUACCAUUGAGAACGAACUUGUGUACAUUUCCGCUUUUACCAACAGUAUUAUGGCCCAAAUUCGUCGCCUCGACGUGGAGAUGGCAGACAAAGCCAAAUCCAAUUUGAUCAGUAGCAUUACACACGAGCUUCGAACCCCCCCUCCAUGGGAUUCUAGGUACAGCGGACAUUCUCGGUGA